AUGACGUAAUGAGGGGCGACUAGACGCGGAAGUAAAAGAAGGAAAACAAACGAGCUAAUAUUACUGCCACUGUUAGAGACAGUGAGAGACACCGGCCUCUGAGUCGUCAAGUGAAGUAUUAGUCUGCUGGACAUUACGACCGAAAACAGCACCAAUAAAGAUGGAGUUCUUAUUUGGGCGGAGAAAGACCCCAGAGGAAAUGCUCAGGCAGAACCAGAGAGCACUGAACAGAGCCAUGAGAGAGCUAGACAGAGAACGGCAGAGGAUGGAGCAGCAAGAAAAGAAAAUCAUUGCUGAUAUUAAGAAAAUGGCAAAACAGGGACAGAUGGAUGCGGUUAAAAUAAUGGCUAAGGACUUGGUUCGUACCAGAAGAUAUGUAAAGAAGUUCAUCAUGAUGAGAGCCAAUAUCCAAGCAGUCAGUCUUAAAAUCCAAACCCUCAAGUCAAACAACAGCAUGGCACAGGCCAUGAAAGGAGUGACCAAAGCCAUGGCCACAAUGAACAGACAGUUAAAGUUGCCACAAAUUCAGAAGAUCAUGAUGGAGUUUGAGCGCCAAAGUGAAAUCAUGGACAUGAAGGAAGAAAUGAUGAAUGAUGCAAUCGACGAUGCAAUGGGGGAUGAGGAUGAUGAAGAGGAAAGUGAUGCUGUGGUUUCCCAAGUGCUGGAUGAGUUGGGUCUGAAUCUUUCAGACGAACUCUCGAACCUGCCAUCUACUGGGGGAAGUCUCUCAGUUGCUGCUGGGAAGAAAGCUGAGCCACAGCCAACUUUGGCAGAUGCAGAUGCAGACCUGGAGGAAAGACUGAAUAACCUCAGAAGAGACUGAGGGAGAAAUGAUUCUAGGCGAAGGCUUUAGGCUGGAAAUGUGCAGAAAGUUUUCUAUCAGCUUACUAUAGUGUUCAGAGUUUAAAUAAGAGGACAGACGAACACUGCAAUAUUUGGAAGCAGUGUCUGUUUUUUUUUCUUUGCUUUAGGCAUUCUUAUGUGAAUGCUUGUAUUUGUUUUUUUGUUUUUUCUACUGUAAAUGUGCUGUAUGUUAUUCUACCAAACAAGUGCUCAAAACAAAGAUUUUGAUCCUUAAACAGUUCCCAGCAUCUUGCUGGAACUAGCAGAGGUAUAAACACUAGUACUUUAAUUAAAAAAAAAGGUCUACAAUCGGGCUCUUUUAGUUAGUGAAACAAAUAUUAAUAAAGCUGUUAUUUUAUAUAUGCCUUGUCAAAGUUAUACCAUUGUGGUUCUAUCACAUAACUAUAAUUCUUGCAAGCCUGGUGGUUUGUACAUUAAUUAUAAUAUUUAACCUUUAUUCUGGUUCUAGGUCACAAUCAAAAAAUCCUUUUGCUACAUUUUCCUAAACGUUUCACAUAUUAUGCAGUAAUGUAUGUAAUGGGCCAUUGAGUUUUACAUAUCCAAUAUGAUCAUUCUUUAAUUCUCUUUAAAAAGAAUUAAACACUGAAUCGGUGAUAAAAGAACGUUGACAAAUGUGAUUAUUGGUGUACUUUAGUAAUGUAUUUAUCUAAUUGAAACUGGGAUGUAUUGCCUUGUUUUUUCUUUCUUAAUAAAUAUUUUUCACAUUUA